ACUUAUUUUGAGAAACCGUACCAAAACAAAGUCUACUAGUUCUGUAAGCAGAUUGUUUUCACUCAUAACAAAGUGGUUAAAUCUUAUAUUCUGCAUUUUGUAACUUGUUUUGAGAAGUACAUUUUUUUCCAGUGUACAAUUAUCCACCUGGUGUGUCCACAGAUUCAUAACCCCCUAUUGAAAGACUAGAAUCUGUCCAUCGUACACCACAGUACUUUGGAUAAUUUGAUACUUUGGAUAAUUUUUUCAGUUUUUUUUUUAUAUAUACAAUAAAUAGACAGAAUUAACUGACGGAGUUCAUACAGGUGCAGCGUCUAUCUGUCUGCAGUGUUGCUAGACUGGGAAAAGCUCAAUUUAAGUAAAUACCUGAACAAUUUGUUCAGAAAAUUCCCAAUCUGGCAACAUUGUCACACUUUGCCCCUCCCUUCUUGCUUGAUUAAAGAAUAGAGUUAUUAAAGAGCCAAAUAUUUGCAUCAAUGGCAGGAUUUUUUGUUGUGCUGUUUAUUUAUUUAUCCUUUUACAUUUAUUAGUGUUGCUUUUCUUUACUUUUUCCCUAGUGACUGAUAUUUUAUCAUUGCCUUUUUUUUAUUUUUGUGGUCCUGUUAUACUUACAUUUUUUUUAUAUAUAUAUAUGCACUAGUUACUGUUUUCUUGUUAUUAUUAUACUAUACCAUUAAUAAUAUACAUGUUCCAUAUGUGAUGUAUGUUCAAUUCAGAUUGUUGUAAAUAGUUAAACUUUUUUCUUUGGUGAAAGUCUCUGUCCUGUUUAUUUUACACUUAAUUAACAAAAAAGUAUAUUUCCAAAAUUAUUCUAUAUGAAAGAAAAAAGUAUUGGUAUCUGCGAUACUAGUCUUGUAAUUAGUUUGUACUGGAUCGAUGGCCAAAUUUCCAGUAUUGCCCACUCCUAAUAAAAGCAAUAAAAAAGGAAAUUGUUUCCAGACUGCAUAACUUUGAUUUUUUUUUCUCUUUACUCAAACCUUUUUGAAGGGAUCAUGGGCCCUCCAUCUCUGUGGACGGCUCUGAUGGCAGUUGCCAUGGCAACAGGGGCCCAAGCUGUCAGCGAGGAGAAUAAUGUGGACUACGGCUAUUGGAACUACAGAGAAGGAGCCGACAGCGUGAACGUGGCCUCCGUGCGCAGUGUGACCAGGGUUUUGGACGUCUGGGGGAAACGCAUCUUCAGGGAGAUCAAGACUUUGCUGCACUCCCAGCCCAGCACGCUGCUGCCCGACUACUCCAGGGUGCGCCCUCUGUCUGAGUCCAUCAAUGAUCUCUUCAGAGAAGUCUCUCUGCUCCACCGCCGCAUCACAGAGCUCUCUCAUCGCCUAGCAACGCUGGAACCCAUCCUCCGUCGCCUUGGCUACCAAGGGGAAGACGGGGAGGAGACGGCGGGAAGCAGGGCCCAGAGCCUCAAGGGGGAGGCCACGACUCUCGCCCGGUUCGACCCGAGAAGCAAAGUGAGGGCGAGCCCGCCGAGGGGGAGCAGGGUGGUGAGGAGAAGACGGCUGAGGGUCCUCAGGAACAGGGGAGGGAAGCUGAUCCGGGACGACUAAAGGACGAGCGGACAGCAGGAAGGAAGAGUUUGUUUGACUGUUUAGAACUUGUAGCAUGACCUGACUCUCUCAGACAUGAUGCUUUAUGACGAAAGAUUAAAAGAAGAUACAAGAUUUUA